AAUACGAGCCAUUAGAAAUCAUUAAUAUCGGGAAUCCCCAUAUUUUGGGGAGAGCCCAAAUAAUAUUCGCAUUCUCUCAUUCGUCAUGAUCAUGACUACAUAUCAUGAGAAUUUCUCAAACUUUGGUCUUCGAGAACGAUCUCUUCAACGAUGAAUCCCUCGACUAGUCUCCAAUUUGCUCCUGAACACCAACAACAUUAUUCUGAAGGGGACCACUUGGGACAUCAUGGUGCUUCAAAUAACAAAACAGAAGAUAUGUCCACGAAGUCUACUUCCUUACCAUGUCGUCGAACUUUUCGCAGACCUCGGGCAGGUAGAGCAUGCGGGAUGUGCCAUUCAAGAAGAGUGCGAUGCGACGCAGGAUCUCAUGGAAUCCCAUGUACAAAUUGUGAAGCAUUCUUCUUGGACUGCAAUAUUCCCCCGCGAAAGAAGAACGUGAGCAGGGAAGGAACGACCGCCGGAAGAAGAAAGUCCGCCAGUUCAUUAGUUAAGCAGCGCGAUCAUUCCAAUGAGAACGGCGAUGGAGAAGAGGAAAAGAAUGACGAUGAUGAGCUUCCUCGGCCAGUCGCGUCAAAUCACGAUGAUUUUGCCUCUCUGAUUCUUCAAGCUGGUCACCAUAUCAAGCAGCAACCUGACAGUACCAAACAAUACGUCAAAUUAAUAAGUCCACCAAUUUCUUCAUCGGCAAUUGAAAAUCCUGGAAAAGUAGCAUACUUACAGGAAAAAUCAUCAUUGGCAAUGCUCAUGAAGGAUUAUUAUGGCACAACGGACGCUGUGCACUAUCCUCUUCCGGAGGACGCUGCAAAUCAACGCAUGGCUACAAAAAUGAACCCAGAAGAAAUGGAUAUCCUUGCAAAGCGAGGUGCACUACAUCUGCCUCCUCGAAAUUUGUGUGAGGAAUUGAUUGAUGCAUAUUUUAAAUGGGUAGCUCCCGUCAUUCCAAUCAUUAAUAAAUCGUGGUUCAUGCAACGGUGGCACGACCUCGAUAAUCAGCCUCCCUUACUUCUAAUGCAAGCAAUCUUAUUAGCUGGAUCCAGAGUUUGCACUACAUCCAUGCUGUUGGAUGCAAAUGGUUCCCCCAUUCCAGCAGCAACAAUAUUUUAUAAAAGAGCAAAAGCGCUCUACGAUGCUGAUUAUGAGGAAGACCGGGUCGUUAUAGUUCAAGCACUUAUUCUCUUAGGAUGGUACUGGGAAGAGCCAGGGGUGGUUACAAAAAAUGUUUUUUAUUGGAAUGGGCUGGCAACUACUAUCGCUCAAGGAUUCGGAAUGCACCGAAAUCCCAGUGGCUCUCGUCUCAGUCCCGCAGACAAAAGGCUUUGGAAAAGGAUCUGGUGGACUUUGUACACCAGAGAUCGGUCCGUAGCUACCGCCCUUGGACGCCCAGCACAUAUCAAUUUGGAAGAUUCCGAUUUAGAAAUGAUUCGGGAAGAAGAUUUCGUUGACGAUCACAUGGGACCUGAGGAUGAAAUACAAGUGCAAUUCUUUCUCCACUAUGUGAAAAUUUGCGAGAUCAUGGAUGACAUACUCUUUGAGCAUUACUCUUUACAAUCCAAGAAGCAUGGCAAUAAUUCUCUCAUCCUACAACAGUGCGAUCAAGCUUUAAAUGAAUGGCUUCAGAAUUGCCCCAGACAGAUUCGAUGGAAUUCUUCGAAUAACAACUUCUGGUCCUCGUAUUUGUACUCUAUAUACCAUACUACAAGGUGCCUCUUGUAUCGUGCCUACUUGCCAUCAGUCAAGUCAUCAUUUGAACUUCACGAGAAGCUUGAUAUUUCACAACACCCUGCUUUUCAAUCUGCAGGCGCAAUCACUUCAGUCGCUGAAAAUAUGAUUGCACGCAACGAGUUGAGGCAUGCUCCUCCAUUUUUAAUAUACUCUUUACUGUCUGCCCUGAUCAUGCAUGUCUAUGAACUACAAAUCUAUCUGCCAUCAACAAAUUCAGAUGCUCGUAAAAGAAUUUCAAUUUGCAUGUCUGCUCUGGACAAGCUCUCUGAUGUAUGGCUAGUCGCUAAGAUGGUUAGAGGUCUUUUCGAGACGAUUUUGAAGGCAGCAGGAUUUGCAAAUUACACUCUUGAGGGUACCAAACGUUUCAAGAAAAUUGGUGAACAUACAGUGCCUGUGUUUAGCUUCAUUGAAGAGCCAUUGUCAGCAUCACAAUCAGCGAGAGAGCCCAAGAAAGACAGUCUUCCACUUACGCACUCUCUGUUGGCACACCAAAAAGCAACUCUGAAUUUCGUAUCAGGAAAGGGUGCAAGUAUUUCAAAUGAGGGUCGGACAUUCAAUGGUAACAACGACUGUGUUUCGCCCGCGAGCAUACCGUCUGCGCCACCAGCUGAGCAUCAAUCUACUCCAUCAAUACAUGGGGGUGAAUAUUUCCCCUCUGAUGAUUUGUGGCUUACUACCUCAAUAACCAAUCCAAACCAGGAAACAGUUCAAUAUCAAGACCCUAAUUAUCCUGGCAGCAUGAAUUACAUAUCUCCAGAUCAGAUGGCAUACUGGAUACAGCCGGACUUUCAACAAAUGAUUCCUUCGACUCUAGAUGUCGCAGACUGGUUCGAUUAUUUUGGCAUGCGAUGAAGUGCUUCCAAGUGUACUUCUUGACUUAUUUUGAUACCUCAAGAUAUGAAAUCCAGUGAAACUAUUUUUUGUCGCUUUUAGUAUGAUCCUAUGAAUCAGGGCUUCUGGUACAUCCAGAAUUCUAGAUAUAGACGACUUGACUGGUAUAUACGAUCUGAAUCGAUUCCGUACAGUCGACCUCAAAUAUCAAAGGAGAGGUCGUCAUCUAUCAAAAGGUUGCAAGAACAUAUUCGGUUAGCGGCCAAUGGCGCAGUCAAAUUCCACAUCGAGCUAAACAGGGCUAACCGAAACGGUAAAAAGCUGCGAUUGGCUGGCUAAACAGGUUUUAUAUCUUGACCUACUAGAUAUUCGUCCUUAUUGGAGCGUAUUCAGCCCUCGCCCUCCAGUAUCUAGCACCUACCAUUCUAAUUGGUGGCACAACAGCGAGCGAAAAAGCUUCUUCUGGCUUUCCCCAGAUUUGCGCAAUGUAUCUACCAUCUCGACCCAUCAAUAAGUCAUGUUUAGCUUCCUCUGGCUUGAUAU